UCGUCAGUCUUUGGAUCGUGUUGAUUGUGCUUUUAUACGAUAUACAAUUUAAAAUUCACACGCUACAUUACGUUUCUCUCUAUAUAUAAUUUUAAAUACGUAGAUUUAAUAAGUGCCUACAUAAUAUAAAAUAAUUUACAGUGUACCACACGCGAUUUUACUUAAUUUAUUAAUCGGUUAUUUAAUAAAUAGAAUAAAACCAACAAUUAUUCUAAUCAAUCUUGAAAAUUAUUCGCGAUGUCGAAAAUAAGGCGCAAAUGGAUUUCUAAAAAAAAUACAGAUAUGGUUCAUUUAUCGAUUUACAAUUGACGAUGCGGGGCAACAAAUCAGUUUUAGAUCAUUUUUGAAAUCAUAGACUUCUCCACGAGAAGCUUUGAUUUCUAUCUUGCAGUCACUGAUCUAUAUUUUAGAAGCUGGACUUCAAUAUUCCAUCAAUUAAGUUUAAUCUAAUGAAGGUUAUGGAGACUGACGUAAGUCAAGACUUCGAGGACUAUUGGAAUGAGUAUAAGAUCAUCCAGGAAACAAGACAACUUGAUAGUUACCUGGACGAAGAAUGUCCACCAGAACAAGAGUUCGCCGUCACUCAUUUACCGGAAGGCGCAGUGGAAGCCGAUUGGCUGUCAUCCGCUGGUCUGUCGUUCCUGACUGAAUCGUUCGAGAACGGAUGCGAAGUUCCGGAUUCGGAACUUGAACCAGCGAUCAGACAUCUCUCCACCAGACAAGCAGAUGCCGUCAGGUUGAGAGUACAUUCACUCAACCAUACGGUUCGACAAAGGGGCAGACAGUUAAAAGCAAGUCACAAAAAACCUGACAUCAGAGACGUUUUCCGCGACUUUGAAAGUUUGAGUUCCAGCUCCAGAUCGAGAAGUGCAACACCGGAUUCAGAUUCGAAUAGUCCACCUAUGUCAUGGUCUCAAACAGAAAUAGCAAUACCUACACCAUUACCCAAGUUUACGGAUCCCAAUCACGAACUGAGAGUUGCAUAUUCAAAAAAGGAAGUCCGCCGAAUGCCUAGUGCUCCAGUUCUGCCGUCAAGAGACAUAUUCCGCAGGAGCAAUCGAAGCAAUAAUGGUAUCGUCGCUUCUGAAAGUGAUGGUAUUACAAUGGUUGGUUUUCAAAGACUUGGCACCGUACGUGGCUACAAAUUUGAACAACGGCCGUUACCUAUGGUCAAAGACAGAAACCGUAGUGGUAGCGAUCCACUCCAUUUGUACUCAAGUUCUUCUGACGAACACGUCGGUUCACCUAACAUGGAUUUAGUGGUGCCUCAAUCUAGCCUGACCCGCAGUCACGGUUGUUUAUACGAGCCAAGCGAUAAUCACCGAGAUAGUUCCCAAUACGUGGGAUUCGAAGAGAUGUGGCAAAAUAAUAAUUACCAAUUGGAGAGAUCCUGUUCUUCAGUCGACGAAAACACUGGAAGGACUUGGCCGGACUCUCUUAGCGACGAAGAUUUGGCAAAAUUACGCCCUCUACUGUUCCUUGAACUUUCCUCCAUGUUUGACAGUGCUGGUAUACCGUUUCAUAAAGGAAAACCACAUAAACGCAAAAGAAGAGAAGAAGGUACAAUUUUCGGUGUUUCGUUGUCAACGCUAGUCGACCGCGAUGAGGCUAUCGCCAACCGUCGCGUUCAAGUACCUUUGAUUGUCCAGAAGGUUCUCGGACAGUUGGAGAAACGUGGAUUGGGCGAGCAAGGCCUGUUGCGUAUGGCAGCUCCUAAAGCGAAAGUCGAUAAACUGUGUUGUGCUGUGGAAAAGUUUUUCUAUGCCAAGCACGAAGAAACUGAUCAGCUGUUGGAAAAAUGUUCCGUACAUGAUCUAGUUGCUUUUCUGAAACGUUUGCUCAGAGACUUGCCCGGGUUAUUGCUCACCCACGAGCUGGUCAAUUUGUUCUACCAGAGCUACUCUGUACCCGACACUGUAAGGGCUCUAAACCUAUUGGUGCUACUGUUACCUACAGAGAAUAGGGCCACAUUACGUGCCCUUUUACAGUUCAUGUCUAAGCUGGUCGAAUAUCAGCAAAGACAUGACCUAGAAAAUAAAAUGACCGAACAUAAUGUCGCCAUGAUCAUUGCACCGUCGCUAUUCCCACCUAGGUCCGUGCAUUUGGAGAAAAAAGACUUGCAGUCACAUCUGGACCAGGCUGCCCGUAGCUGUCGUCUAACCGAAACUCUAAUGAACCACAUCGAAGAGUUAUGCCUAGUUCCUACCGACCUUAUGACUCAGCUUAGACACAACAAUGAACUUUACCAAUGCAGACUGAAAGAAAAUAAUAACCCCGUAAGAAGGUUCCUUGGCAAAAAGAAAACAGAUAUUGUCACCAAAAAGAUCAACAACGAGGUAGAUUACCAAGACGGCGUGGUCCGCGUUGAUGCACCUCAAUUUCGGAUUUCCGGUAUACCAUUGUUCUUAUCUGAUUCCACCACAGUCGGCGACGUAAUACUUAAGAUUGUGGAAGAAGCUGCUAAGCAAACGGUGACAAAAAACGGGCACAUGGCUAAACCUGGCCGCAAGGACCUCAAGUCAAGGGCAUUAACUGAAUUGGCUCCCAAUGGAAACUUGUCGUGCUUGUUAACAACUGCUGAUCCUGAUAUGGCCACUCGGACACAUUUCCUAUAUGAGACUGGUGGCAAUAUUGGUCAGCGGCGUAUAGAACCCACCGCCAACAUGAUGGCCGUAUACCAAGUGAACCCGAACGCUCAGUGGUUCGUCAAAUGUGAUCACAGAAACGGCAUGACGCACGUAUGACUGACAUAAUAUGUCGUUUGAGUUACUUGAAUUUAUUUCUGUGUGAUCAGUAGGGAGUGUAAAACCAAAAAUUCAUCAUAUAUUUUUUUAUUGUUUUGUUUUGAUAUUAUGUUGAAAAAACCGAGAUUUUAUACUGUGCAUUUUAUUGAGAUGCAUAUUGCAUACAUAUUGUUGAUUUGUAUUUGUAUUUGUAUUAUUAUUAUUUUUAUUAUUACUAUUGAUACCUACUUGUUUAUGAAUUAUGAUACCAACAACUAUAAUGACGUAAUCUAUUCAUGUAUAUUUUUUUUAUUAUUUACUUUAUUGCCGAUCAAAAUGUUGUGUACUUGUAUGAAUAAAGAGAGGGACAAAAUAAAUUAUAAUUACCUAUUAUACACUUUUGAAAAUACAACGAUA